AUGGAAACCCAAGAAGGUGAUGCACACAGCUCUGAAUCCGAUGCCUCCAAAGAGAAAGGGAGAGGUGGAUUUGUAGCCCUACCGUUCAUCAUAGCAAAUGAGAUGUUGGAGAGAGUUGCUGGAUUCGGGCUCAACACCAACAUGAUCAUGUACCUCACCAAGCAGUACCACCUGAGCAAUGUCACUGCCGGAGCGACGCUGUUCGCGUGGGCGGCGGCAGCAAAUUUUGCACCCAUUCCCGGCGCGUUGAUAGCCGACAUGUACAUAGGCCGGUUCGUGGCCAUUUCGAUAGGAUCCAUUGCAUGUCUAACAGGGAUCGUUUUCCUAUGGCUUAGCGCCAUGAUACCCGGCGCACAGCCGCCACCGUGCGGCAUAGGCCUCGCUCUGGCGCAGUGCACGCCCCCGGGGCCGAGGCACCUCGCCUGGUUGAUAGCCGGCUUCACCUUCCUGUCCAUCGGCGCGGGCGGCAUCCGGCCGUGCUCCAUGGCGUUCGGCGCGGACCAGUUCUCCAGGCACCCCAAGGAGCAGCGGUCCAGGAUCCUGCAGGCCUACUUCAACGCCUACUACGCGUCCAUAGGGGUGGCCUUCACCGUCGCCGUCACGGUGAUCGUCUACGUGCAGGACAACGUCGGGUGGAAGGCUGGGUUCGCCGUCCCCAUGGCCCUCAUGACGCUCUCCGCGGCGAGCUUCCUCCUCGGCUCCCGACUCUACAUCAAGGAGAAGGGGUCCAAGCAGAUGUUCUCCGGGAUCGGAGGCGCGAUAUUGGCGGCAGUGAAGAACUACAGGGUGCGGUUGCCGGCCAAGACGGAGGACGGCGUGUAUCAUCAUCAGAAAGACUGCAAGCUCACUGUCCCCACAGACAAGCUGAGGUUCUUGAACAAGGCUUGCAUGAUCAGCAGUUUUGGGAACAAUGUCGAGUCGGCCUCGGAGUGCCACGUCAACGGCGACAGGAGGCUGUGCACGGUGGACCAGGUGGAGCAGCUCAAGUCCGCGAUCCGAAUCCUACCCAUCUGGUCGUCCACCGUGUUCCUGGCGCAGGCCAUAGGCCAGAACUACGCCGUGCUGCAGGCCAACGAGAUGGACCGGCGCAUGGGCGCGUUCCGCGUGCCGGGCUGCUCCCUCACCAUGUUCAACAUGGUCACCAUGUCGCUGUGGUCGGGCAGCUACGACCGGUGGAUCGCCCCGGCGCUGCGGCGCGUCACGGGCAACCCGCGCGGCCUCACCAUGAAGCAGCGCAUCGGCGUCGGCCUGCUGCUCGCCACCGCGGCCAUGGCCGUGUCCGCCGCCGUCGAGGGCGCGCGGCGCAGGCUGGCGCUGGCCGGAGCCGCCCCCAUGUCUGCGUUCUGGCUCGUGCCGCAGUUCGCGCUCAUGGGGCUCGCGGAGGCGUUCGGGGUGAUCGGGGAGCUGGAGUUCUUCUACACCGAGCUGCCCAAGAGCAUGGCCAGCUUCAGCAUGGCGCUGCUCUACAUGGCACUGGGGGUGGGCAACCUCGUCAACAGCUUGAUCGUCAAGGUGGUCGACCAGGCGAGCAGAAGUGGAGGGAGGACGAGCUGGCUCUCGAGCGAUCUGAACGCCGGCCACUACGACUACUACUACUGGCUGCUCGCCUGUUUGGGCGCCGUCAACUUUGUCUACUUCCUCUGGUGCGCCUGGGCGUACGGCGAGGAGGAGAAGAACGUGCAGUGGGAAGAGGAGGGCGAGGCAGAACGACCGGUGGCUUAG